AGAUUCUUCCAGAACUAGCCGGCAGAUCCGCGCGGCGAGGUGCGCAACUAGAGGAUUAAAUUCUCUAGUAUAACAUCAUUUUCAUAACCGUGCAUUUCUUUCGGGUGAAGAUUAAACAUGUCCGCGCUUGGGACUCUCGCCUUCGAUGAAUAUGGAAGGCCUUUCAUCAUCAUAAAGGACCAGGACAAGAAAUCUCGCUUGACUGGCCUGGAAGCACUGAAGUCUCACAUUCUGGCAGGAAAAGCAGUUGCCAACACGCUGAGAACAUCGCUGGGUCCAAAUGGACUUGACAAGAUGAUGGUGGAUAAAGAUGGUGAGGUGACCGUGACCAAUGAUGGUGCGACGAUCCUCAGCAUGAUGGAUGUGGACCAUCAGAUUGCCAAGCUCAUGGUUGAGCUCUCCAAGUCUCAAGAUGAUGAAAUCGGAGAUGGAACCACUGGUGUUGUUGUUCUGGCUGGAGCUCUUCUAGAGCAGGCAGAGCAGCUGCUUGACCGAGGCAUUCACCCCAUCAGAAUUGCAGAUGGUUAUGAUCAGGCCGCAAAGAUCGCCAUCGAACAGCUUGACAAAAUCGGUGAUAGUUUCCCAGUGGAUCCGAACAACACAGAAUCUCUCAUUCAGACAGCCAUGACCACACUUGGAUCCAAAGUGAUCAACCGGUGCCACAGACAGAUGGCAGAGAUUGCUGUCAAUGCCAUCCUGACAGUGGCAGACAUGGAGAGGAAGGAUGUGGACUUUGAGCUCAUUAAAGUAGAAGGAAAGGUCGGUGGAAAACUAGAGGACACUCAGCUCAUCAAAGGUGUCAUUGUGGACAAAGAGUUCAGUCACCCUCAAAUGCCCAAGGUGCUCAAAGAUACAAAAAUCGCCAUCCUCACCUGCCCAUUUGAGCCUCCCAAGCCCAAAACCAAGCAUAAGCUUGACGUGACAUCAGUGGAAGAUUAUAAAGCUCUGCAGAAGUACGAGAAGGACAAGUUUCAAGAAAUGAUCCGACAGGUCAAGGAGAAUGGCGCCAAUCUUGCCAUUUGCCAGUGGGGAUUUGACGAUGAGGCCAAUCAUUUACUCCUGCAGAAUGAGCUUCCUGCGAUCCGCUGGGUUGGUGGACCUGAGAUAGAGCUCAUCGCCAUUGCUACCGGAGGACGUAUCGUACCCAGAUUCUGUGAACUGACCCCAGAAAAGCUGGGCACCGCUGGACUGGUGAAAGAAAUCUGCUUCGGGACCACAAAAGACAGAAUGCUUGUCAUCGAGGAGUGCAAGAACUCCAGAGCUGUGACCAUCUUCAUCCGUGGCGGGAACAGAAUGAUUAUCGAAGAGGCCAAAAGAGCUCUUCAUGAUGCUCUUUGUGUCAUCCGUAACCUGGUGAGGGAUAAUCGCAUCGUCUAUGGUGGUGGAGCCUCCGAGAUCGCCUGCGCUCUUGCGGUCAAUGAAGCGGCUGAUAAGUGCCCGUCUUUGGAGCAGUACGCCAUGAGGGCAUUUGCUGACGCUCUAGAGGUCAUCCCAAUGGCACUGGCUGAAAACAGCGGUUUGAACCCCAUUCAGACAAUGACUGAGGUCAGAGCCCGACAAGUCAAAGAAAACAACUCUGCACUUGGAAUUGACUGUCUACAUUUAUCAACGAAUGACAUGAAGCAGCAGCAUGUAAUCGAGACCCUCAUCGGGAAGAAGCAGCAGAUCUCUCUGGCCACUCAAGUUGUGAAGAUGAUUCUGAAGAUUGAUGACAUCAGAGGCCCCGGCGAGCCUGAAGACUGAGUGUCCUGUAGCAGUCUUGAAAUGAACGGUCACAAGCACUUCUAAAGGAAUGUGUCGAACCUUCGUACUGUUAUUUAUCAUUUGUUACAGUUCAGUGUCGUAACGAAGUGAUCAUUAAACUUUUUUCAAAUGAG